AUGGAGCGGGAGGCGGCCUCGGCCGAAAUGGAGCGCCUACGAGUAGAGGGCGCUCUGCUUCGGCUCGAGGUCGACCGCCUGCAUGGUGAGCUGAAGAGGGCCCGAGCAUCCGGCCCCUCCAGCUCACCAAUGGAGAUAGAUGAGCUGCAUCUGCCAGCCAUGGAGGUGGAUCGGCGGACGGGCCACACGUCUCGGGAAGGAUGUAAACCGUUAUUCGAGAGAGAGGAAAUAAAAAAGGUGGUUCGUGAAGUGGAGGAACAGCGUACGGUUGUAUCUCUAGAUGGCGAGAAAUCAGUUUCGCCAAGCAAAUUACGGAUUUCUAAAAGACAUUCAUUAUCGUCGAGCUCUAUUAGAAGUAACAAUUAUAGUUCUGAAUAUCUAUCGUCUUAUCACGUUAGAUAUCGAAAUACUGAGUCAAAACAUCCAGUUAGAAAGGUAGAAUAUACUGACUAUCAUAAAAGUGACAGACACAAUAGUAUAGAGAAAUAUAAGGAAUAUAAAAAUAAAUAUACAGAUAGGGAUGUAAGAAGGCACGAUAGUAAUCGUUCGUAUUCUCGAGAACGCGACGUACGCAUUUCCGAUUCCAAGUCCAUUAUAGACAACAGAUCUUAUCGUAAUCGAUAUCACGAUAGAUCAAGCGAACGUUCUCGGGAAAGAAGAGAUAGAGACAGAAGCAGAGAUAGAGAUAGGGAUUGGGAUCGGGGUCGGGAUCGAGAUCGAGACAGAGAUAGAAACAGAGACAGAUCGAGAUCCAGAAAUAGAAGAACUACAGUACCACAUUACGUUGAACAUGUACCAGUGCCUAUUUAUUAUAGUAAUUUUCCUCCAAGACCUAUUAUGGUAAGUCCUAUGAUCACAAUUCCCAGAGGACAGAUUCCUCCUUUAGUAAGAGGCCAACAUCCUCCUUUAAUGACACCAGUUAGACCAUUCCCACCACGAUUUGGUCCUCCUGAUAUGUAUAGAAUACCACCUUCAACCUCAAAUCCAAAAUCUCGACCCCCGUUGCUCCCGGGCGGAGACUCGUCGGACUCUUCAGCACUGCUCAAAUGGCCACUGUCGCACUCCCAGUAGUCAGAGUUUUGGGAUAAAUUCCCAGAGCCAGACGAGCUACUAGAUAUUGAUGAAGAAGAGGUUAAUAUUGAAUGCGAACCAUCCGCAACUUCCGUAUAAUUGGUAAAGCUAACAGAUCGUUUGCUUUUACUUCUGCUUUUACUAGGUUUGAUAUCAGGAAAGUCUGUAUUAGAUUCGAUAUCGUAAAGCAGUAAUUGAAUAUCCGAAUUAUCAGAAAUAACACAGAUCUUCCUUCCUUUCUUA